AUGUUAUCAUACACUGAGGCUUCUUUUCUUGCCUCGUUGGUCGCCCUCGUGUUCUCAUGUGCCCUUCUGGCGCGUAAACAUGUCGAGUUCAUCGUUGCCGAAAGACAUAGGAACAAGACAAAUUAUGAUACCCCAGGUGAAAUUCGCGCCCUCAUUGCGGCCAAGCAGAUUCCUGGUAGAAAACAAAAUCAACUUGAGCCGCUUGAGGCUAGAUGUCUAGCGAACGAACAUUUACUACGCAAAUUCGGUAUAGAGAAUGCCUUUACAACGGCUGACACCAACUAUGCGAACGAUUUCGUCCAGAGGUCUAGGGAUCUACUCGGUAUUUCGGCUGCACAUUGGGUUAAAAUCGCUUCAAGCUCUGAAAAUGCGCUGUGGCGUUGGAGAGAAGAAGCUCGGGAUGAGUGCGAAUCGUAUAAUUUUCAAGUUGAGCUCCAGCCUCUAACCCAAGCCUUAACCCUUUACGCUGUUCUAAAAACAUUCUUCUUUAUCGAAAAUGAAACUAAACUGCAGGCUAUUCCAUUGGAAGCAUUUACUACACUGGCAGGGGCAAUCAAUGAGACUUGGAUGAAGUCAAAAUCUGGGGAUCAUUUUAUUGAUAUCAAAGACAAUGAAGUCCUACGCGAUGCACUCAGAGAUGUUCUACCACUGACGAAUCUAUCAAACCCGCGCCAAAACCCGUUGAACUUCAUAUUGCCUGGCUUCGAGACUAUGUGGAGAGUCGUCUUGCGAGGUUUCAUCGAGGUUGCAUACAAGACAGGCAAGGAGCAUCCAACCUGGAGGGAAGCCGUUAUUGAGUACUAUAAAAACCCUACAGCAAAAUCCUUCAAUAAAACUUUUACGCCAGACGUGGCAAGACGCGAGUUCCACUGA